AUGUAUGAAGGGAAGAAGACGAAGAACAUGUUCCUGACCCGGGCCCUGGAGAAGAUCCUGGCCGACAAGGAGGUGAAGAAGGCACAUCACUCCCAGCUGCGCAAAGCCUGCGAGGUGGCCCUAGAGGAAAUCAAGGCUGAAACAGAAAAACAGAGUCCCCCUCAUGGAGAAGCAAAGCCUGGUUCCAGCACUCUUCCACCUGUGAAGUCCAAGAGCAGCUUCAUUGAAGCAGACAAAUACUUCCUCCCGUUUGAGCUGGCCUGCCAGUCCAAGUGCCCCCGCAUCGUCAGCACAUCUCUAGACUGUUUACAGAAACUUAUAGCAUAUGGACACUUGACAGGGAAUGCUCCAGACAGCACAGCUCCAGGCAAAAAAUUAAUUGAUAGAAUUAUUGAGACAAUAUGUGGCUGCUUUCAAGGCCCUCAGACAGACGAAGGGGUUCAGCUACAGAUAAUAAAGGCUUUGCUCACUGCAGUAACAUCUCAGCACAUAGAAAUCCACGAAGGGACUGUGCUGCAGGCUGUAAGGACAUGUUACAACAUCUACCUGGCAAGCAAAAAUCUCAUCAACCAAACCACAGCCAAGGCCACGUUGACACAAAUGCUGAAUGUCAUUUUUGCACGGAUGGAGAAUCAAGCACUUCAGGAAGCCAAACAGAUGGAAAAGGAGAGGCACAGACAGCAACACCAUCUACAGCAGUCUCCAGUAAGCCAUCAUGAGCCUGAGUCACCUCAGCUGAGACACAUCCCAGCACAGCCUGACCAGCUGUCCAAGGAACACGAGAGCGAGCUCGAGCACAGCACAAACGAUGUGGACAAGACCCUGCAGGAGGAUCUGGAGGCAGAAAAUGGAUCUGAUAUUUCCAGUGCUGAGAAUGAGCAGACUGAAGCUGACCAAGCCACAGCAGCAGACACUCUUUCUAAAGCUGAUGGAGGAGCAUAUGAUGGAGACAGCAACGAGUGUGAGGAGAAGGCACAAGAAAUUGUAGAGAGCAUUGUGCAGGAAAUGGUGAACAUAGUGGUUGGAGACGUGGAGGGCACUGCUGACAGUGCAGGUGGUGAUGGCACCAUGUUAGAGGAUGGCAGUGACAGUGAGAACAUCCAGGCCAAUGGAAUUCCAGGGACUCCAAUCUCUGUGGCUUACACACCAUCCUUACCUGAUGACAGGCUUUCUGUCUCUUCCAACGAUACUCAGGAAUCUGGAAAUUCUUCAGGACCUACUCCUGGUGCUAAGUUUUCCCACAUUUUACAAAAGGAUGCCUUCCUUGUAUUCAGGUCACUGUGUAAACUCUCCAUGAAGCCCCUGUCAGAUGGACCACCAGAUCCAAAAUCUCAUGAGCUGCGAUCCAAGAUUCUGUCACUGCAGCUGCUGCUCUCCAUCCUGCAAAAUGCAGGCCCUGUCUUCAGGACUAAUGAGAUGUUCAUUAAUGCUAUUAAGCAGUACCUUUGUGUUGCACUGUCAAAGAAUGGAGUCUCAUCAGUUCCAGAAGUUUUUGAGCUUUCACUGUCCAUAUUCCUCACCCUCCUCUCAAACUUCAAGACUCACCUAAAGAUGCAGAUCGAGGUUUUCUUCAAAGAAAUUUUCCUGUAUAUCCUGGAGACUUCGACGAGCUCCUUUGAUCACAAGUGGAUGGUUAUCCAAACGCUGACAAGGAUAUGUGCAGAUGCCCAGAGUGUAGUGGACAUUUAUGUGAACUAUGACUGUGAUUUAAAUGCAGCAAAUAUAUUUGAGAGGCUGGUUAAUGACCUCUCCAAGAUUGCCCAAGGAAGGGGUAGCCAAGAGCUUGGCAUGUCCAAUGUCCAGGAAUUAAGUUUGAGAAAAAAAGGAUUGGAAUGCUUGGUAUCAAUCCUGAAGUGCAUGGUGGAGUGGAGUAAGGAUCAAUAUGUGAACCCCAAUUCUCAGACAACGCUUGGCCAAGAAAAACCCAUGGAACAAGAGAGCAAUGAGACCAAGCACCCUGAGACAAUUAAUAGAUAUGGAAGCUUGAACUCCUUGGACUCCACAGCUUCAUCAGGCAUUGGCAGUUACAGCACACAGAUGUCUGGCACUGACAACCCAGAGCAGUUUGAAGUCCUAAAGCAACAAAAGGAAAUAAUAGAACAAGGAAUUGACUUAUUCAACAAGAAACCAAAGAGGGGGAUUCAGUACCUGCAAGAGCAAGGAAUGCUUGGCACUACUCCUGAAGACAUUGCUCAGUUCUUGCAUCAAGAGGAAAGAUUAGAUUCAACUCAGGUUGGGGAGUUCCUGGGAGACAAUGACAAGUUCAACAAGGAGGUGAUGUAUGCUUACGUGGACCAGCACGACUUCUCAGCCAAGGACUUUGUCUCGGCCCUGCGCAUGUUCCUGGAGGGCUUCCGCCUGCCGGGAGAGGCACAGAAAAUCGAUCGCCUGAUGGAGAAGUUUGCUGCUAGAUACUUAGAAUGUAACCAAGGGCAAACUCUCUUUGCCAGUGCAGAUACUGCCUACGUUUUAGCCUACUCAAUUAUCAUGCUGACAACAGAUCUGCACAGUCCACAGGUUAAGAAUAAAAUGACAAAAGAGCAGUAUAUUAAAAUGAACAGAGGUAUCAAUGACAGCAAAGAUCUCCCUGAAGAAUAUUUGUCUGCAAUCUAUAAUGAAAUAGCUGGCAAGAAGAUUUCCAUGAAGGAAACAAAGGAAUUAACAAUACCAACCAAAUCCACCAAGCAAAGUGUUGCUAGUGAGAAGCAGAGGAGGCUGCUGUACAACCUGGAAAUGGAACAAAUGGCCAAAACAGCCAAAGCCCUGAUGGAGGCAGUGAGCCACGUGCAGGCUCCUUUCACCAGCGCAACGCACCUGGAGCACGUCAGGCCCAUGUUCAAGCUGGCAUGGACACCUUUUCUGGCUGCCUUCAGUGUGGGUCUGCAGGACUGUGAUGACACAGAAGUGGCCUCUCUUUGUCUGGAGGGCAUACGCUGUGCCAUCAGGAUCGCCUGCAUCUUCAACAUCCAGCUGGAGAGGGAUGCCUAUGUGCAAGCACUAGCAAGGUUUACCUUGCUGACAGUGAGCUCUGGUAUUACUGAGAUGAAGCAGAAGAACAUUGACACAAUUAAAACCCUCAUCACGGUGGCUCACACAGAUGGAAACUAUUUAGGAAAUUCCUGGCACGAGAUUCUGAAGUGCAUCAGCCAGCUGGAGCUGGCACAGCUGAUAGGCACUGGAGUGAAGCCUCGCUACAUCUCAGGGACAGUGCGUGGCAGGGAAGGCUCUUUCACUGGAACAAAGGAUCAGGCACCUGAUGAGUUUGUGGGGCUGGGCCUGGUGGGAGGCAAUGUGGACUGGAAGCAGAUAGCAAGCAUCCAGGAGUCCAUCGGUGAGACGAGCUCCCAGAGCGUGGUGGUGGCUGUGGACAGGAUAUUCACAGGGUCCACGAGGCUGGAUGGCAAUGCCAUUGUGGACUUCGUGCGCUGGCUCUGUGCCGUGUCCAUGGAUGAGCUGCUCUCUGCCACCCACCCACGGAUGUUCAGCCUGCAGAAGAUUGUGGAGAUCUCCUACUACAACAUGGGCAGGAUAAGGCUGCAGUGGUCUAGGAUCUGGGAGGUCAUUGGGGAUCAUUUCAAUAAGGUUGGCUGCAAUCCCAAUGAAGAUGUUGCUAUCUUUGCAGUGGACUCAUUAAGACAAUUGUCAAUGAAGUUCCUGGAGAAGGGGGAGCUGGCUAACUUCCGCUUCCAGAAGGACUUCCUCAGACCCUUCGAGCACAUCAUGAAGAGAAACAGGUCUCCCACCAUCCGGGACAUGGUGGUGCGCUGCAUUGCCCAGAUGGUCAACUCCCAGGCGGCCAACAUCCGCUCAGGCUGGAAAAACAUCUUCUCAGUCUUUCACCUGGCAGCCUCAGACCAGGAUGAGAGCAUUGUGGAGCUGGCAUUCCAGACCACAGGACACAUUGUCACACUUGUGUUUGAGAAACACUUCCCAGCAACCAUAGAUUCCUUCCAGGAUGCAGUGAAGUGCUUGUCUGAGUUUGCCUGCAAUGCAGCCUUCCCAGACACCAGCAUGGAAGCCAUCCGCCUCAUCCGGCACUGCGCCAAAUACGUGUCUGACAGGCCGCAGGCAUUCAGGGAGUACACCAGUGACGACAUGAACGUGGCUCCAGAGGACAGAGUGUGGGUGCGAGGGUGGUUCCCAAUCCUGUUUGAGUUGUCCUGCAUCAUCAAUAGAUGCAAAUUAGAUGUAAGAACCAGGGGCUUGACUGUGAUGUUUGAAAUCAUGAAGACCUACGGGCACACCUAUGAAAAGCACUGGUGGCAGGAUCUGUUCCGCAUCGUCUUCAGGAUAUUUGACAACAUGAAGCUGCCAGAGCAGCAGACUGAGAAAGCAGAGUGGAUGACAACUACUUGCAACCAUGCACUUUAUGCAAUCUGUGACGUGUUCACACAGUACUUGGAGGUCCUCAGUGAUGUGCUGCUGGAUGAUAUCUUUGCCCAGCUGUAUUGGUGUGUGCAGCAAGACAAUGAGCAGCUGGCACGGUCUGGCACGAACUGCCUGGAGAAUGUUGUCAUCCUGAAUGGAGAAAAGUUCACCCUGGAGAUCUGGGACAAGACCUGCACUUGCAUGCUGGAUAUCUUCAAAACCACCAUCCCCCACGCGCUGCUGACUUGGCGACCAGCCAGUGGGGAGUUUGGCUCUGCAUCCCCUGCUGAUGCAAAAGAGAAGCUGGACACAGUCUCUCAGAAGUCAGUGGACAUCCACGACUCUAUGCAGCCCAGGCCUGCAGAUGGACGUUCCUACCAACCCAGCACAGGGCCCCCAGCAGCUGAAGAGCUGAGCAAGCCCAGGCCCACAGCCAAAUUCCCUGAACAGAAAUUAUUUGCUGCUCUUCUGAUCAAGUGUGUGGUGCAGCUGGAGCUCAUUCAGACCAUCGACAACAUCGUGUUCUUCCCAGCAACCAGCAAGAAGGAGGACGCAGAGAAUCUGGCAGCAGCACAGAGGGAUGCAGUGGAUUUCAAUGUCCAUGUGGAUACCCAAGACCAGGGGAUGUACAGAUUCCUGACAUCGCAGCAGCUCUUCAAGCUCCUGGACUGCCUGCUGGAGUCUCACAGAUUUGCUAAGGCAUUCAACUCCAACAACGAGCAGAGAACUGCUCUCUGGAAAGCAGGUUUCAAAGGCAAGUCCAAGCCCAACCUGCUGAAGCAGGAGACCAGCAGCCUGGCCUGUGGACUGCGCAUCCUGUUCCGCAUGUACACGGACGAGAGCCGCACCAGCGCCUGGGAGGAGGUCCAGCAGAGGCUGCUCAGUGUCUGCAGUGAGGCUCUGAGUUACUUCCUCACUCUGACCUCAGAAAGUCACCGGGAAGCCUGGACCAAUCUGCUGCUCCUGUUCUUGACUAAAGUGCUGAAGAUCAGUGAUGAGAGGUUCAAGGCUCAUGCCUCCUCCUACUACCCCCUGCUGUGUGAGAUUAUGCAGUUCGACCUGAUUCCGGAGCUGCGGGCGGUGCUGCGCCGCUUCUUCCUGCGCAUUGGGCUGGUGUUCCGGAUCUGCCCCCUGCCCCAGGAGCCUGCCACAGCCCCCCACUGA